AUGCAAAUUGAAUAAAGUAUGAUAGUUGAUGGAUAAAAUAUAUAACAGCUCUCUGAUAUCUCCAAAUGUCUGCUAGCUAUUCCUGAUUUAAUUAAUAUCAAUGUAAACUAUUUUUGCAUCUUAUUUAGCUUACUUUCCUAAACAUCUCCUAAUUUACUUAUUCUGCCAAAUUAAAUAACCAAAUUAAUUCCGAUAACAAAUUGUAUCUAAAUUUACUCAUAUUUCAAGUAAUAACUCAUUAACUUUGACUGAAUCACAAAAAAAUUAUGAUUCCGUUUUGAAAUAAUAACUAAAUGCAGAAAGUUAAUUAUACAAUAAUUUACAAUUCACUUUGUUGCAAACAAAUAAAAAAUCUUAAUGUAAUUUUAGCUUCUUAAUUUAAGCUCAGCACCCAAAUCAAUCUAAACUGAUAAGUAAAAAGAACUUAUAAAUUGUAGCCGAAAUUCUUAAAUUGGAAUAAAAUUUGUAUUAAAUUGAUUUGUUAUAUAGAAAAAAUCCGAUGGACUCUUGUCUAAUCAAAUAUUCAAUAGCAAAAUAUAAUCAGCUCCUUUGACAGCUCCAUUCUCUGCUCGCAAUUCUAUCAUCAUGUGUCAAAGUGAAAUCUAAUCGUCAAAUGAUUAAAAAAUGAGUGAUCAAUCUUAUUAGCACGACAAAUAUAGGUGGAUCCAUACAGUACCUUAAAAUAUCAUUAAUAAAAAUUAAUAAACCCCUUCAACUCAAAAAGGAUAGAAAUAAAGAUAUUUUGUAUAAGACUACUCUUCAUUGCAUCCAAACCCAUAUUAUGAUCCUAUAUACAUCUAGAACCAUUUUCAAACAAAUGGCUAAAUAAAUACAAAUAUCAAAUAUUAAAAAAAUAAAAUCAGGAACUUAAAUCAGAAUGUUUAUUAAAGCUAAAAUUCUAAUCAAAACUCGGGUUUUAAAUUAUUAACCAAAUAGCAAAAAGCCUCAACAAUUAGCAAUAAGCCAAAAGAUGGUCAUAUUAUUAUUACCUUACCUUAAUCUAAAAAGAAGUUUGAUAGUGUCUCUUAAAAAUAGAGGUAGCAAACCAAAAGUUUAGAUUAAAUUAAAAUAAAUGAUCACUUCAAAAGAUUAUUAUCAACCUAAGAAUCAAGAGAAUUAUAUGCAAAACCAUUCUUUUAUGCUUAAUAUUCACAAAUACUCAAGGUUCCGGUCUAAUCCUCUUCAGAAAAAUAUAUAUAAACUUUAUACAAACCUGUUACCAAAUAGAGGAUCAAAUAGAGAGGUGAUCUAUCUUUAGAAUAGAAUAAAAAUUACUCUUAUGAUCAGCCUCAACAAUAGUAAUAUUAUUCAGAUGAUAGUUUUGAGGGUAAGACAUAAAACAUCAAAAAGGUAGACCUAUAUGAAUUGGCUUAAGAAAGGCAAUCGAAUCAAGAUUUGAUGCAAAAUAACUCAAAUUUUAAGUCACAGGAAAAUUGUAAGAAUUAAUAAUAGGAGAGUCCUACAUAGAACUCUCAGUAUUAUUAAAUGGCUCUUUAAUCCAGUUAAUAUUAUUAAAAUUCUAAUGAUGUAGAAGAAUAAAAUCGAAAUUCGAAUAUUUAAGAGUACUCAAACUUUCAUUAUUUCUAAGAUAAUAAUCAAUUUUCAAGUUAAAUACAAUAAAAUCCUUUUGCUCAAACUUCAAAGAAGCCAAUUUAAAUUAAAUUAAAUAUAAAGGAAUUUAUUGCCUCCGAACAGCAAUAGAAAUCCUCUCCUAUGUCUUGUAAGUAAUUUGUAUAUACUAGCUAAUUUGUAUUAACAAAAAAUAAGCAACUAAAAAACUCAUAGAUGA